AUGUCUUCUCGAAGAAGUACCACUCCAUUAUCUCCAAUAGCUUUCAAUGAAAGUUAUGCAGAGAAUUGGGCCCAUCAUAUGGUAGAAGACCCAAGUUGCCCUGAAUGGUUUUUACAUCAUAAACAUAUGUUUGUUUAUACAUUAGCAGGAAAACCUGCAUUUUCACGAUAUGGGAAUGAUAUUGAAUUAGCACCAUUUAUGGCAACAUUAUUAGCUAUAACAAGUGUUGUAAAUGACAAUAAUGAUGAAUUAAAAUAUGUAAGAAGUAAUGAACAUUUAUAUGUUUUCUUAAAUAAAGGACCAUUACAAUUUUGUUGUGUUUCUAAUACAAAAGAACAACCAGAAAUAAUAAUAAAACAAUUACAAUUUUUAUUUUGUACUAUUUGUAGUAUAAUUCCAUUUCCAUCAAUUCAAAGUAUCUUUGAUAAAUCAUAUGGAACAGAUUUUAGAAAUGUUAUUGGAGGAACAUAUAAUCAAAUGAAAUGUGCUAUAAGUCAUGGUAAUAUGUCAUCAGGACUAUUAUUUAAUGCAUUUGAUAUUGAACAAUUUCCUACAACAAUAAGAAAUUAUUUAACUGAAAAUAUUCAAACAAUUGUGUCACAAACAAAUAUUGAAUUAUUUAAAGCAAAUAAUGAUUGUAUUUUAUUUUCUGCUUUAAUUUUAAAUAGUAAAAUAGUAGUAUUAGGUAAAAGAAGUGCUAAUCUUACCCCAAUGGAUUCACAAGUUUUAAUUUCAUUUGUACGUUCUAUUUCAUCUAGAAAGACUAUUUCUUGGAUGCCAUUAUGCUUAAAUGAUUUUAAUGAAAAAGCACAAAUUCAUGUCUUUGUAAAAUAUAUUACAACAUCAUUUUCUAUUGUUUUAGUUGCUACUCAACCUACAUCAAUGAAUUAUUUAACUAAAUGUUAUAAAACAUUUAAACAUACAAUUAAGCAAUCUAAGUUUUGGAAUCAAAUUGAAGCUCCAACACCAACUGUUUGUCCAUAUAUUAUUAAAAAUGAAAUUCUUCAUUUUGUUGUAUAUUCAAAAAAUGAUAAUCAAGUAUUUAUGUCUCCAUUCACUAUUCAUACAACUCGUAAAGAACAAAAAAGAUUAUUUAGAAUAUAUGAAAAUUUAUAUAUUGGUCUUACUAAAGAAAAACUUAAACAAGAAAUGUUUGUAUUUGAUGAUGAAAUAAUUGUAACUGUAGAAAAUAAUACUCAUUAUGCUUUUAUCACUUUUAGUAAAUUCCAAGAAAACAAAGUAAAAAUGAUGAAAACAGCAACUGCUGUUUUAUCUUGGGCAAUUAAAGAAGAUUCAUUAUGGAUUAAAAAGUUUGCUCAAUUUUCUUAA